AGGAAGAGGAGGAGGACAAGGAGUGGAUAGACUGAGCUCCUCUUGCACUCUCACACACAAAACGCUGGCCAGGAUUGCCCGCCUGCUCACGCUGCGCUGCGCGCUUUUCCGCUCCUCGCGGCCCCCCCACAUUGUUCUCUCAGGACUCCUGAGUCCCCAGGGGCUGAAUUCGGGGGCCUGAGCCGGGGAUAGGAGAGACUUGGCUUUGGUCGGAGGUUUGGGGCCAGCCCCCACCCCUGGCGCCCCGGGGCUCCCCUCCCCCACGGCACUUUGGGGGGUGUGGAUUAUCUCAUCCCCGCAGGGAGGUGGGAGAGCGCGCCGGCAGCCAGCCUCCCGCCCGCCUCCCCAGCGGCGCCGGUCCGCGGCAGCCCCGCAGUAUGAGGUGGUGCUGGCCGCUCGGGGCCGUGGCGCGGCCGCUGCGGCGGCGGCUGCUAGGGGGGCGCUGAGGGAGCCCCCGGGAGCGGCGCGGCGGACGCGCUUCUCCCCGGCGCGCCCGGGCCUCGAGGCUUUUCUUCUCCAGCCGAGGGGACGCGGCUGUGCUACGAAGACCGAGUGUGGACAGUAAUGACCUCACGUUUCCGAUUGCCUGCUGGCAGAACCUACAAUGUACGAGCAUCAGAGUUGGCCCGAGACAGACAGCAUACUGAGGUGGUUUGCAACGUCCUUCUUCUGGAUAACACUGUACAAGCUUUCAAAGUUAAUAAACAUGAUCAGGGGCAAGUUCUGUUGGAUAUAGUCUUCAAGCAUCUUGAUUUGACUGAGCGUGACUAUUUUGGUUUACAGUUGGCUGACGAUACCACAGACAACCCAAGAGAGAGGGAGAGACAUUGUUCAAUGGAUUGCUUUAAGCGGUGGCUGGAUCCAAACAAACCAAUAAGGAAGCAGCUAAAGAGAGGAUCUCCUUACAAUUUGAACUUUAGAGUCAAAUUUUUUGUAAGUGACCCCAACAAGUUACAAGAAGAAUAUACAAGGUACCAGUAUUUUUUGCAAAUUAAACAAGACAUUCUUACUGGAAGAUUGCCCUGUCCUUAUAAUACUGCUGCCCUUUUGGCUUCAUUUGCUGUUCAGUCUGAACUUGGAGACUACAAUCAGUCAGAAAACUUGCCAGGCUACCUCUCAGAUUAUUCUUUCAUUCCUGAUCAACCUCAAGAUUUUGAAAAAGAAAUUGCAAAAUUACAUCAGCAACAUACAGGUUUGUCUCCUGCAGAAGCAGAAUUUAAUUACCUGAACACAGCACGUACCUUAGAACUCUAUGGAGUUGAAUUCCACUAUGCAAGGGAUCAAAGUAACAAUGAAAUUAUGAUUGGAGUGAUGUCAGGAGGAAUUCUGAUUUAUAAGAACAGGGUACGAAUGAAUAUCUUUCCAUGGUUGAAGAUUGUAAAAAUUUCGUUUAAGUGCAAACAGUUUUUUAUUCAACUUAGAAAAGAAGUGCAUGAAUCUAGAGAAACGUUAUUGGGAUUUAAUAUGGUGAAUUACAGAGCAUGCAAAAACUUGUGGAAAGCAUGUGUAGAACAUCACACAUUCUUCCGUUUGGACAGACCACUUCCACCUCAAAAGAAUUUUUUUGCACAUUAUUUUACAUUAGGUUCAAAAUUUCGGUACUGUGGGAGAACUGAAGUCCAGUCAGUUCAGUAUGGCAAAGAAAAAGCAAAUAAAGACAGGGUAUUUGCAAGAUCCCCAAGUAAGCCCUUGGCACGGAAAUUAAUGGAUUGGGAAGUAGUAAGCAGAAAUUCAAUAUCUGAUGACAGGUUAGAAACACAGAGCCUUCCAUCACGAUCUCCACCUGGAACUCCUAAUCAUCGAAAUUCUGCAUUCACACAAGAGGGAACCCGGUUACGACCAUCUUCAGUUGGUCAUUUGGUAGACCAUGUUGUUCAUACUUCCCCAAGUGAAGUAUUUGUGAAUCACAGAUCUCCAUCUUCAACCCAAGCUAAUAGCAUCGUUCUGGAAUCAUCACCAUCACAGGAGACCCCUGGAGAUGGGCAGCCUCCAGCUUUACCACCCAAACAAUCAAAGAAAAAUAGCUGGAACCAAAUUCAUUAUUCACAUUCUCAACAAGAUCUAGAAAACCAUAUUAACGAAACAUUUGAUGUUCCAUCUUCCCCUGAAAAAUCUACUCCUAAUGGUGGUAUUCCACAAGAUAAUCUUGUUCUAAUCAGAAUGAAACCUGAUGAAAAUGGAAGGUUUGGAUUCAAUGUAAAGGGAGGGUAUGAUCAGAAGAUGCCUGUGAUUGUGUCUCGAGUAGCACCAGGAACACCUGCUGACCUCUGUGUCCCUCGAUUGAAUGAAGGGGACCAAGUUGUGCUGAUCAAUGGUCGGGACAUUGCAGAACAUACCCAUGAUCAAGUUGUCCUGUUUAUCAAAGCUAGCUGUGAGAGACAUUCUGGGGAACUUGUACUCCUGGUUCGACCUAAUGCUGUAUAUGAUGUAGUGGAAGAAAAGCUAGAAAAUGAGCCAGACUUCCAGUACAUUCCUGAGAAAGCCCCACUAGAUAGUGUCCAUCAGGAUGACCAUUCCCUGCGGGAGUCAAUGAUACAGCUAGCUGAGGGGCUCAUCACUGGAACAGUCCUGACACAAUUUGAUCAACUAUAUCGGAAAAAACCUGGAAUGACAAUGUCUUGUGCCAAAUUACCUCAAAAUAUUUCCAAAAAUAGAUACAGAGAUAUUUCGCCUUAUGAUGCUACACGGGUCAUUUUAAAGGGUAAUGAAGACUAUAUCAAUGCAAAUUAUAUAAAUAUGGAAAUCCCUUCUUCUAGCAUUAUAAAUCAGUAUAUUGCUUGUCAAGGGCCAUUACCACACACCUGUACAGAUUUUUGGCAGAUGACUUGGGAACAAGGCUCCUCUAUGGUUGUAAUGUUGACCACACAAGUUGAACGUGGCAGAGUAAAGUGUCACCAGUAUUGGCCAGAACCCACAGAAAGUUCAUCCUAUGGAUGCUAUCAAGUUACCUGCCACUCAGAAGAAGGAAACACAGCAUACAUCUUCAGGAAGAUGACACUAUUUAACCAAGAGAAAAAUGAGAGUCGUCAACUCACUCAGAUUCAAUACAUAGCCUGGCCUGACCAUGGAGUUCCUGAUGAUUCAAGUGACUUUCUGGAUUUUGUUUGUCAUGUACGAAAUAAGAGGGCUGGCAAGGAAGAACCUAUUGUUGUUCAUUGCAGUGCUGGAAUUGGAAGAACUGGGGUUCUUAUUACUAUGGAAACAGCCAUGUGUCUCAUUGAAUGCAAUCAACCAGUUUAUCCACUAGACAUUGUAAGAACAAUGAGAGAUCAACGAGCCAUGAUGAUCCAGACACCUAGUCAAUACAGAUUUGUAUGUGAAGCUAUUUUGAAAGUUUAUGAAGAAGGAUUUGUUAAACCCUUAACGACAUCAAAUAAAUAAGAAAACAAAA